ACUGUCCGGUGGGACAACUUGGGACCGCGCGUCAAUUCUUUGCGUUUAGUCGGUUUUUAACGGAUUUUAAAAGCUUCAUUCUUUUCCCCCCAGAACUGACUGACGUCAACAGAAUAAAAGGUCAUGGAGUUCUGAGCAGUGGAGUGGAGAGGGACCCAUUUCAGAGGGCACUCUGCAUUAGAGCACCAACAGUGCUCCAAACCAUCUUACAAUACAUGCUUCUACUUUUAGGCUAACCCAGAGGGGUCUAAUGUGUAUGAGGUCAUCACCCCACCACCUUCAGGGACCAUGCCCUGUCUCCAUAGCAACUUCUGGCCCCAGGUUGGCCCAGAGUGAGUGUGGGUCAAACCAGGCCUGAGCAGUCCUGACGUGGACCAGACCAGGCUGAGGUGGGCCCGAAGCAGGCCAGAGUGAGUGUGGGUCAAACCAGGCCUGAGCAGGCCUGACGUGGACCAGACCAGGCUGAGGUGGGCCCGAAGCAGGCCAGAGUGAAGCAGAGACAUCAUGCACCAGCUGUUUGGCCUGGUUCUCGGCCAGAGGGACCUGUCGCGGGCUGGAGACCUCUUCUCCCUGGAAGACUCUGAGAUAGAGGACUGUCUCUCACAGGCCCUGGAGGAAAUCAAGGCUAUCUCCUGCUCUCCUGACUACCUGACCAAUGACAAUGACCAGGCGGUGGUGGAGAUCUGCAUCACGCGCAUCACCACGGCGAUCAGGGAGACGAGGUCCAUCGAGCGCCAUGGGGGGGCGUUAGUGAGUCUGUGGGAGUCAUGUCUGGAACACAACCUCACCCCCCAGGGCAAAGACGAAGACACACCCCAUGCCAAGAUAGCCUCCGACAUCACCAGCUGUAUACUGCAGAACUACAGUCGUCCCCCAGUGAUGGCUCUAGCAGUGCCGGUGGCAGUGAGGUUUCUGCAGAGAGGCAACAAAGAGCUCAGUAGGAACAUGUCCAGUUAUCUCUCUCUGACUGCCAUGGAUAAGGCUGAACUACUGGCUGAACACACAGAGGCUAUCACCUGCAGCGUGCUGGGAGGUAACCACAUGCUCCUACGCGUGUUGCCGUCCGUCUACCCCAAACUGCCCCAUGCCAUCCAUCGUCAUCUAGGCAACCUAACGGCCAUGAUGUCACAGCUCGAGUCACCGGAGCAACAACACCUGCUGAGGCUGAUCCAGAUGGUCGCCGAGCAACAGCCACAGGUGCUGAGCCCCCUGGUGCCCUCCCUGGUUGGUUACCUAGGCGAUGCCUCUCUGAACGAGACCCUACUGGGUGCACUGGUGUACGUGUCACAGGCUAGCCCCGCCUCCAUGGCCCCCUUCCUGCCCACGCUGAGGGUUGUGGGUCAGCAGUACCCAGUCCUGCUGGGACACGUGGUUAAAAUACACAGAGCUGUGGGCUUGACCAGUGAGUGUCAGGCCCGUAGCUCCCUGGUGUACCUAGUGUCUCUACUGGGCAGUAUGGAUCACAGCUUCCACCACACUCUCCUGCUGGAGAUCAGAGCCCUGACUGACAGAUACACCUCCAUCCUGGGAGGCUGCGCCAAAGACAUCUACAGGAUGAGUAACAGCUUCACCUCCAUAGCCAGACUACUGGGGAGAAGACUGGAAACAGACACUACUAUCAACUGCAGGUUUGAAGAGGAAUCAGAAGGCCCUCCUUCCCCUUGUAUCUCAGAGGCCAAGGCCAGUGGGGGUGCGGGGGGGUGUGGAGGGGGAUCAGAAGGCCCUCCUUCCCCUUGUAUCUCAGAGGCCAGUGUGUGUGGGGGUGCGGGGGGGUGUGGAGGGGGAUCAGAGCAGCGACUGCAGGUGAAGAUCCAGGCAUUUGAGGAGAAGAUGGGGGAGGAGGGGGGAGAGGGGUCACCUACACCCCAACGCAGAAACAGCAUGGGACAAGCCACUAGAGAGAAACACAGAGAGAUGAGGUUUAACAGGUCAAAGAGUCUGGCUCUGCAAGCCGUGAGGUCACGGUCCAUCAACUCUGACAGCGGUCAGGAUGGAGAAGGGGUGGAGCUAACAUCUGACGCAUUCCUCUCAGAAUCCCCACCCAAUCAGCAAACAGAAGCCUUAGAUACCUCUCCCACUGAGAGGAAACUAACCAAUGAGAACUCCCUGUCUCCCUCCACCCCUCCAGCCCCGCCCCGUGAGGAACAGAGGGAUGGACAGGGAGAGGGGGAAGGAGGGAGAGGAGGAGGAAUAGGAGAGGGGAAAGAGGACAAGCUGUACAGCCACCUGAGGGACAACAUGGAGAAGAUCAAAGAGUUCUGUUCUGAGAUGGUUCAACAGAUCCCCAUACCAGAGCACUGUGUCAUAGAAGACUCGAGCCACGGAAGUGUGGCGAAGCUGUCGUUCUCCUGCCCUCUGAAGGGGCGUUACUGUCUCUAUACCAAGUCCUGUUUCACCCUCACCAGCCUCCAGCCACACCUCUGGAUCAACAUCAUGCUGCUUCACCUACAGAGUCAGCACAGCGCUCCUCUCUCCUCUCUGGAUGACAGUGUGCGGAGGUUGGGGAGACUGUGGGAGGGGACCCAGCUAAAAGGAGCUCACAGCUUCUCCAUGGCCAUGACCCAACAGCCCACUCCACACAGAAAGGACCUGGAUAGUCUGCAGAUCCAUCUGCAGGAGGUGCGUUUCUAUCACCUGUUUGGAUUCAGUGAAGAGAAGGGCAGCUGGCUCUGCUAUAUGUGCAACAACCCAGAGAAGGCCACAGUGGUGAACGAGGAUGGCCAGCCACUGAUAGAGGGGAAACUGAAGGAGAAGCAGGUUCGCUGGAAGUUCAUCAAACGCUGGAAGACUCGCUACUUCACCCUGGCAGGAAACCAACUCCACUUCCGGAAGGGAAAAUCUAAGGAUGAGCCAGACGACAGCACCAUCGAGCUGAGCAAAGUGCAGAGCGUCAAGGUGGUGGCUAAGAAGCGGCGUGAGCGGGGUCUCCCUCGGGCCUUUGAGAUCUUCACGGACAGUAAGACGUACGUCCUGAAGGCUCGUGAUGAGAAGCAUGCUGAGGAGUGGCUCCAGUGUAUUAAUGUUGCCGUGGCCCAGGCCAGAGAGAGAGAGAACAGAGAGGCCACCACCUACCUGUGACCUUGUGACCUGGAAGAUAUUCUACCAUGACCUGUUCCUGACCCAGAAACACAACACACAGCCCCGCACUACUGCACCAUCGACUAACAACAGUCCUCCGAUGUCCACUGUUUCUGACCAUCUGACAGUCCUGUGAUGUCCACUGUUUCUGAUCAUCUGACAGUCCUCCGAUGUCCACUGUUUCUGACCAUCUGACAGUCCUCCGAUGUCCACUGUUUCUGAUCAUCAUAUCUGCCAGCUGAGACUGAUAUCCAGACAUCAUUGUCAUCAUUUUUGGAGAGUCUAUCUAAAUACAUUUAUAAAGGCUAUUGUUUCAGUAUUUAAAAGCAAUAAGGAUCUUACUAUAACUAAUGACCUUCUAUUUCCAACAAAAGCGAUCGACGUACUAAACCUAGCAAUAAAAGCUCAAUAUGUACAGCAUUAUAGAACUGUCUUGGCCGAGACAGUGAAGAUUAAGAAGCCUUAAUGGACAGCAGAUGACAACGUUCUAGAACAAACAAACAAACAAGAGUUAGUGUUAUUAGCAGUAUUGAGCAGUAUAAUUGAUUUAGUAAUAUACCGUCAUUUCAACAACAUAAAAACAGUGGUGUUAUAUAGUGAGUUCCAAAAGUAUCGAGAAAAUUACCAACAUCACAAAUAUCAUAACCCCCAGACAUGGUAACCAUUACAAUAACAGUGGAGGUUAGCAUUUUUUGGAAGUAUGUAACUUUCUCACUCAUCAUUAUUCACGGUUCAUUCAGGACUAUUUGUAAUCAUGGUAGCAUCCACAUUAAUGUAGUAGUGUUUAGAAACAUAUUUUAUUCUUAUUUACAAUAAAAGUGAUUACAAAAUGACGCACUACAUUUUUAUUAGCAGUCAUUUCUAUUGGGCACAAAAUAAUCUGAGAACGUUGAAUUUGUCCCAGUACCUUUUGGUCCCCUAAAAUAGGGGGAUAUGUACAAAAUGUGCUAUAAUUUCUAAUAGGUUGACCCGAUAUGGAUGAAAAUCUCCUUAAAUUAAAGCUGACGGUCUGCACUUUCACCUAAUAGUCAUUGUAUCAAAGCCAAAGUGCUGUAGUACAGAGGCCAAACAACAACACAAUUAUCACUGUCCCAAUAUUUUUGGAGCUCACUGUAUGUCAUAUUUGAUAAAUGAACAGACUAGUCCCCUGGAGGUCUUUAGCAGAGGCUCAGAACAACAGGGGUGGAUAUCGGUCACACUGCUGGGGGCUGUGCGUUCUCUCUCCUUCCAGGAAACAUGUUUCUAUGGAGAAACACAUUUAUUGGCAAAGCUAUCGUCUUUGUAUUCUCUCGCUUUUUUUCAUCCAAAAAAAGAGCUUGGUGUGUGUGUGUGUGUGUUUACAAUGACAAGCAUCAUUGACAAUUCUGACAUGUCCCUGAAUAAAUACAUUAAACCUGUUGUUUGCAGAACUGGCUCUCA